CCGAGCGAUGGGACCUGACGAGGGGGCGUGGCAAUGAUGGUCCAGCUUACAAGCCCCGAUCCCAGCACUGGAGCCAGCCGCAAGGCUCGUGCUCUCGGGAAAGCGCUCAGGGUCUGUGCACGGGUCGCAGCCAUCCUGAAAGCAAGGGAUCAGCGUCAGCUGUGUCGCCGGGACAAAUCUCAGCCUUCUCUAUUCAGAAAUUCCUCCUAGCCUUUUUGUUUUGUGUCCAGCUCCAUCAUUGGAGGAGAACCUCUGAAGUACAAAAGUAAUCUUUACAUCAGUACCAGACCUGAAAUUGACUGGAAGGCCGAGAGCAGCAAGGGCACCAUUCUCUGUGCCUAUACACACCUCCCUGGAGCCUGGUGAAAGGCUGUGCAGCCUCACAGUUGGAACGCAGUAAAGACUGGGUUAUUAGGUUCCUGCAAGUUCUUUGGGAACUGAUCAACACUUCAAGCCAAAGAUGGCGGUGAUGAAUAGCCUGAGAGCCAUCCUUCAAGCUUCUCCAUGCAGAUUGCUGUGGAGAAGGUUCCAGAUUCCGAGGCCCAUGCCAGCGAGGCCCUGCAGCCUCUACACCUGCACUUACAAAACGCGGAACCGAACCCUGCACCCACUCUGGGAGAGCAUGGACCUGGUCCCAAGGGGUGAGCGCCAAUCACCCAUCAACAUCCGGUGGAGGGACAGUGUCUUUGAUCCUGACUUAAAACCACUCAUCAUCUCUUACGACCCGACCACCUGCCUCCACGUCUGGAAUAACGGGUAUUCUUUCCUCGUGGAAUUUGAAGAUUCUACAGAUAAAUCAGUGAUCAAGGGAGGACCCCUGGAACAUAACUACCGACUGAAGCAGUUCCAUUUUCACUGGGGGGCCAUCGAUGCCUGGGGCUCCGAGCAUACUGUGGACAGCAAAUGUUACCCAGCAGAGCUGCACUUGGUACAUUGGAAUGCAGUGAAAUUUGAAACCUUUGAGGAUGCAGCUCUGGAAGAAAAUGGUUUGGCUGUGAUAGGAGUAUUUUUAAAGCUAGGCAAACAUCAUAAAGAGCUACAGAAAUUGGUAGAUACUUUGCCAUCAAUCAAGCAUAAGGACGCCCUUGUGGAAUUUGGGUCAUUCGACCCUUCCUGCCUGAUGCCCACCUGCCCGGAUUACUGGACUUACUCAGGAUCCCUGACCACGCCGCCUCUCUCCGAGUCCGUCACCUGGAUCAUUAAGAAGCAGCCCGUCGAGGUCGAUCAUGAUCAGCUUGAACAAUUUCGGACCCUGCUUUUCACUUCCAAGGGGGAGAAAGAGAAAAGAAUGGUGGAUAACUUCCGCCCUCUUCAGCCCCUAAUGAAUCGCACUGUCCGCUCAUCCUUCCGUCAUGACUAUGUGCUGAAUAUACAAGCGAAACCCAAGCCGUCGACCAGCCAAGUGACCUCCUAAGACACCCAUAUCUAGGUGCUAUUUUGCUUUAAUACAUACUAGCUUUUAAAAAAUUCUUAACUAAGACUAUUCUAAACACCUGCAUUUAAUACUACUAACUAAAGAUGUGUAUUUCUUGGUGUGGCAGGGCCUCUUCAGUCUUUAUUGAGAAUGUUUAUCACUAAAGUGGCAGCAAGAGACACAAGUUUCUUUUAUAGCAACCUGUUGGUUACCAUAACAUCUUUUUAUGUCUGACAUUUUUGAGCUAUGUUUUUAUGUUUAUUAGUUAGUGGUUCUGUUGAGUUAUAAGUAGGGAUGAUGAAAUAUCAUCCCUUUCAGAAGGCCUUUCAGAAAUAGCCAUGGGGCCCAGACAGGUACUUCCUGGCUGAACAUUGGCCAUGGUUUUAGGUAUAUUUUAUUUCAAAUCAUGAAUGAGUUUUCUUUUAUAAAGCCUUCUGAAUGAGCACAUUUGCCCCAAUCUUUAGUUAUCUUACUAGUACGUGAUAUGCUACUUACUUACUAUCAAUUCGUGAUACAGAAAAAAUGUGUAGUUCUAAGAAAAUACAGAUUUACUUCUAUCUGGAAAUCCUUGUGCAUUUCCGAAGAUCAGAUAUUUUACUUAAAGUCUUGAUCAUAUAGAAAGCAUAUGCAGUGUAGAACAUUUUAAAGAAAAUGCUUGAAGUACAUAGAGCUCAGAAUUCUUUUAUGAUAUAUUCACAGAAGUACUUUUCAAAUGAUUAGUAAUAUAAAGCUAUAGUAUAUAGUAUUAUUUUGCAUUAUUUGUACACUAUUUCAUAGAAUAUGAUAACAUUUUCCACAAUGACAGAACUAUCUUGGCUUCCCUUUAAAACUGAACUUUAUUUCUUUAGUAGAGGUUCUAUGCAAAGCAGAUGAUCAACAUAAAUCUCCCAAUUUAUACGGUGGCUUAGAAGACUUUUGCUACGGUAUUAGGAGAGACCUGUCAGGCAGACUAAAAUCUAGAUAAUUCUAUGUAUUCCGAGGAAUCCACACCAUUGUUGUCCUUACUUGUAAAUGUCUUGAAAUGUUUCUGAUUGCCUGUAAGAGUGGGUACAGACUCAAUAUUGCAUUAACUAGUAGUAUGUCAUUCAUUAACAUGCUAGUCAUCUGGUCUGCAAGAUAGGGUUGGAUAAAUAUACUUAACACCACUGAACUGUACACUGAAAAAGGUUACGAUGAUAAAUUUUAUGUGUAUUUUACCACAAUUACAAAUAAAUAAUAAAUUCAGUAGGAAAAAUAGAUAGGAUUGGAGUUGGAUGUAUAAGUUUAGGGGGAUAUCUCUGCUCUAAAGGGGGUGAAGUGUGGGUGAAGGCAUUUGCUUCUAGGGUGCAUGCCUUCUCUGGGAAAGGGAAGCAAGUAUGCCUCCGUAAAUGAAUACAAUUCUUAAAAAAAAUGCAAACGUAGGGAAAAAGUUUGUUACCUUAAUACAAUUGAUCUGUUUCAAACCAUAGUUAUCUUUAAAAGGGUAAACGCACAAGGUAUGCAUUAUUCCGGGCACACAGGCUUCCUUCUUAGGCCUCUUGCAAACUCUUAGUGCAAAAUUCUACUGCAGUGAAUCUUCCAAAUUGGAGUGAGAACCAAUGUACAGAACUCCCGACUUACCCUCACAUCUUAGAGAUACAAAGGAUGUACAGUUGACCCUAGAACAACAUGGGUUUGAACUAUACAGGACCACUUAUAUACAUGGAUUUUUUUUCAAUAA